AUGCAGGUAGCGCAUAGGUUCCUUGCCUAUCCUAGUCUCUUGGCCGCACUUGAGCAUACAGCCAACAACACCAAAGAGUCCAUUCUGGUCUACCCGUUGCACGACAUUACAAACCCCGAGAGUGCCCACCGGGUGAGCUACAGGCAGCUCUUGCAGACGGCCAAAAGCCACGCCAGAUCACUCCGGGCCAAAAUCGAGUCCCUGGGCGGGACCAUCCCCCAAGUCACCGACGGUUCUCCGCAGCCCAUUGUGGUGAUCCACUUUGAGCAUGUCCUCGAUACUAUCGAAUGGUACUGGGCAGUGCUCCUCUGGGGCGGCAUCCCCGCCAUAACGAGCCCGGGGUUUCUGGGUCACGACCAGGCGGAUGCCGACGCGCAGCUGGCUCACCUCGGGGCAACGCUCGGUGCUUCCCGGUGCUUCUGCCUCACGCGACGUGCCUUGAUGGGACCAUAUCUGGGACAGAGGGGGUCUCAAAAGUUGAGGGCGGUUGCAGUAGAAGAUUUGCUGUCGGACAGUGAUGGCAAAACCGAAGAGAGUGGGAGUGGUUAUCAUACAUGGCGUGAUAAUGCCGACCACCUUGAGGGGCAGCACGACCCAGACGCAAUCGCAGCCAUCAUGUUUACAUCCGGAAGCAGCGGCAACGCAAAAGCUGUCCCCAUCACCCACCAACAGAUACUGACAGCCUGCGCUGGCAAGGACGAAAGCGCCCAACUGAAAUUCCCCGACAGUCCGUUCCUUUCCUGGGUGAACAUGGACCACGUCGCCAACCUGGUACACUGCCACCUGUUUGCCAUCAUCGCGGGUGUGUCUCAGGUCCACGUGCACGCCGCCGACGUCACUGCCGACCCAGUGCAGUUCCUCAACAUCCUCAGCAGGCACCGUGUAUCGCGGACGUUUGCGCCCAAUUUCCUCCUCGCCAAGCUGCGGCGGCUCGUCGAGGCCGGCCGGGCGCCGCAUCUCGACCCGGACCUCAAUCUCGAGGCGCUAUAUCUAGACACGGGCGGUGAGGCAAACGUCGUCGAGGUAUGCGUGGCGGUGCAGGAGAUACUGAGCAGAUAUGGAGCGCCGGACAACGUGAUCAAUCCGUCGUUUGGCAUGACCGAGACGUGCGCUGGUUGCAUUUUCAACAGCAGCUGUCCCGGCUACGACGUCGGACAGGGGUUGGAAUUUGCAUCGCUGGGGAGGCCGAUGCCAGGGGUGUUGGUGCGCAUCGCCGCUAUGGACACAGAUGACGGCAAUGGCAACAGCAACAUGGCCACAUCAACAUCAAGUGUCGUCACCGCAGGUCCAGGCGAGAGAGGCCAUCUCGAGGUGACGGGCCCGGUCCUGUUUAAAGGCUACUUUGGCAACCCUGAAGCAACCAAGGCGGCCUUUACCAGCGACGGCUGGUUCCGCACCGGCGACUUGGCAUACCUCGACGAGGCCGGCAGCCUGCACCUCAAGGGGCGCACCAAGGAGCUCAUCAACAUCAACGGCGUCAAGUACCUGCCCUACGAGCUUGAUUCUGCCCUGGAUCAGGCAGAGAUCCCCGGCGCAACUCCAGCCCACUUCUGCUGCUUCAGCACCCGAGACCCCGGCAUGGACACUGAGGCCGUAGUGGUGCUCUACCAACCUUGCACCCACCCCGGCUUUGUCGACGACGAAGACGCGGCUCUGUUCGACACCCAAGAACGCAUCGGAGAGGUGAUUGCGCUGCGCACGCGCUCGCGGCCGCGCGUGGUCGGUCUCGAUGCAGUGCUGAUGCAAAAGUCAACGCUGGCCAAGCUGUCGCGGGCCAAGCUGCAGUCCGCGUUUGAGCGCGGCGAGUUUGCGGCGCAGCGGAGCAGGCACGAGGCGGCGGUGCGGCGGUACCGGCUCAAGAUGCGCGGGGAGCCGGCCGACGACCGCGAGGAGGCGCUUCUGGAGCUGAUCCGCGAACAGCUGGAACUGCGCCCCGAGGACGACUUUGCCGUCAACGACUCGAUCCUCUCGUACGGCGCCACCUCGAUGGACCUGAUGGCGCUCAAGUUCCGCAUUAACAACGACCGGUCCGGCAGGCUGGGCCUCGUCCGCCGCGUCGAGCUGCUGGACCUGAUCCGCAACCCGACGGCCCGCGGCCUGGCCACCCGCAUUCAGACCCUGGCCGCCGAUGCCGACAAGAGAGACGGUAGCACCAGCAGCAGCAGCAGCUACGACCCGGUGGUGGUGUUGCAGCCGCGCGGGUCCAAGCCGCCGCUGUGGAUGGUACACCCUGGCGUGGGCGAGGUGCUGGUGUUUGUGGCGUUGGCCAGACACCUCACGGACCGGCCGCUGUACGCGUUCCGGGCGCGCGGCUUCGAGCCCGGCGAGAAACCCUUUGGCAGCCUGGAGGAGUUGGUGCGGGUAUACCAUGGCGCGGUCAAGGCGCGGCAGCCACGCGGGCCCUACGCGAUAGCCGGGUAUUCGUUCGGCGGCAUGGUGGCGUUCGAGGUGGCCAAGGUGCUCGAGGCGGGCGGCGACGAGGUCCGCGUGUGCGCGCCCUUCAACCUGCCACCGCACAUCAAGUGGCGCAUGCGGGAGCUGGUGUGGGACGAGUGCGUGAUGCACCUGUUUUACUUUGUCGAGCUCAUGACCGAGGAGGGCAUCUACGCCCACAAGGAGGCCAUCUGCCAGCGGGCGUACUCCGACAGCCCCGGCGGGAGGCUCGAGGCCAUCCGCUACAUCAAGCCGUACUGCGACCAGGCGCGGUGGAAGGAUCUGGGGCUUAGCGAGAAGGACUACUUGCACUGGGUUAAUAUCGCGUCCAGCAUGCAGGCCUUGGCCGUCGACUACGAGCCGUCGGGCAGCGUGCGGAGCAUGGACUUGUUUGUGGCCGAUCCGCUCAGCCACGUCGCCAAGAACCGGGAAGAUUGGAUCAACGGCAGGUUGUCGGCGUGGAAGGACUUUGUGAAGGGGGGCGACGUGAGGUUUCAUAACGUCGACGGUGCCCAUUACACCAUGUUGAACCCAAAGUUUGUUAAUGUCUCGUCUUUUGCCGAAAAGCUGAGGAGUGUUUUGGCGGAAAGAGGAAUGUGA